ACUGCUGCAGGGAGCCCGACCGCCCGACCGCAGGACGCUGGAUGAAUAGAGGGAGAAGAAUAACCGUAAAUAUCCAGAUGGGAAUAUGUGGGCAGAGCAUAGCGAGGUCCUAAUCAAGACAAAGACUUUUUAGAUAGCGACUCUUCGCCCGCCUCUUCUAAAUCUGAACAUGCUGGAUUAUUAAGAAGAAAAACAGCCGAAUUCAAAUAGUGGUACCAGAAUGGAUGAAGCUCUAUGGGCAGAACCCCACUUUUAUUGGCGAAUUUGAUGUGAAAAUAAGCCCAGCCGAGUGUUUGAACAGCGCUAUGGCACAUGUAUGUUACAAAAUCUGAUGUAUAUGUGAGAGAUAAAAAGCAAAAAGUCAGCUUUGAGGCAUUGAAUUCCUUCGGAGAGAUGUCAUCGUUGUGAGUAGCCUACUGGAUGUGACACUGCCGCCGUGAAUAUGGGAGAUCUGACCGACUCCAGGGACCCGAAAAAGACUUUUAUUGUUCCUGCCAUCAAGUCUUUUGAUCAUUAUGAUUUUAAUAGAGCAAAAAUCAGAGCAAGCCUCACAUGGCUGGUGGCCAAAGCCUUUGGUACAGACAGUGUUCCUGAAGACCUGAAAGAGCCCCUCUACCUGGACCAGUAUGAGCAGGAGCACCUGAAGCCUCCUGUGGCCGAUCUGCUGCUGUCGGCUGAGCUGUACUGUCGAGCAGGGAGUCUGAUUCUGAAGAGCGACGCCGUCAAACCUCUGCUGGGUCAUGACGCCGUCAUCCAGGCUCUGGCUCAGAAGGGCCUGUACGUCACCGACCAGGAGCGACUGGUGACCGAGAGAGACCUGCAAAAGAAACCUAUUCAGAUGAGCGCCCACUUGGCCAUGAUCGACACGCUGAUGAUGGCGUACACAGUGGAGACGGUGAGCGUGGAGAAGGUGAUGGCGUGCAUGCAGCAAUACUCCACCGACUACCUAGACGGAGAUGUGCCCUAUGACACAGAGGAUGCGGUCACCAGCUGGAUGAAUAAGGUGAACGAAUACUUGAAGGAAAUCAUAAGUCAGGAGCAAAGGAGGAUGGAGGCGCAGAACGCAGAGCCUGUUGAGAAUCCAAAGUCUCCAACCAAGUGGUAUAUGAAGCUGGUUCCCGCCCGUUAUAGGAAGGAGCAGGCUCUGCACAGGACGGUUCCCUGGAUCCCCCCGGUGGACAACCUCCUGAAGGACAGCACAGAUGGCUGUGCCCUCGCCGCCCUGCUGCACUUCUACUGCCCCGCCAUCAUCAACCUCGGAGACAUUUUCCUGAAGGAAACCAUGUCACUGGCAGACAGUCUCUACAACCUUCAUCUCAUCCAGGACUUCUGCAGGGAGCAUUUGAACCACUGCUGCCACUUCAAUCUAGAGGACAUGCUCUACGCUCAUUCCUCCAUCAAAAAUAACUAUCUUGUGUUCAUGGCUGAGCUCUUCUGGUGGUUUGAGGUUGUUAAGCCGCCAUUUGUUGAACCUCAGGCGUUGGACAUUGAAGCUCCAGCCCCUUCACUGAAAAAUCUGCCGUCUGUGCCCAUCUCAAAAGUCACAAAGCGAAGUUUCAUGGAAAGACCUCCUAGUCCAGACAGACCAAGUCUCCCACUCCGACCUCAACCACAGACUUCAGGCUCGGGUGAGAUCAGGCGAUCAACAUCAAUGUCAUUUGUGGACAGCUUCAUGGGUACUUGGCCCAAGGAGAAAAAGUCUGCUGCUCAGGGUGUGUCCUUUGAAAUCCCAUUUGAUAAAGAGCGCACCAAUCAAACACCUACUGGCCGAGGAAUGACUCGGUCUGCCAGCACUGAAGGUUUUGGUUUCAAGAUGCCCCACGGAACAAGGGGCAUCAAGAGAAACCUGUCCUUUCAGCCUAUCAAUGGCAAGAACAUGGGCAUUGAGGAGGAAGUCUGUCCUGACGGCCAGUCAGGAAAUCUUAACAGCCGUCUAAAUGGCUCAGGGCCACCUAGCAUCGAAGAGGCCCUUGAGAUCAUCCACAACUCAGAGAAGCAAUCACAGAGCCCCAGGGCCCAAGCGGCCGGUGAGGGCUUCUUUCUUCACCUGCAGAGUAAAAGUGAACCGAACCCCAAAGCAAAGGAUGGCGAGCUAGACUCGGUUUCAGAAUCAUUCAAAGGGGUUGCUAGCUCAUCCACCACUGAAGUAGACACUGGCAUCCAUGUGCGGACGGAGGACAUCCAAGAGACAUUAGAUGAGGACUCAUCGCUUAGGGAUUGUACUGUCAGCAUAGAGCUUGACACAGAUCAAGACUUUGAGGCAAAAGCUUGCCAUAGCCAAGGCUCUACUAGCCCAUGUCCCAGCAGCCUUAGCGCCAAAUCCCCUGCCGGAAGUAUCCCAACCCCUGCUUUUACACCUGGGAUUAAGAUGACCAGCUUUGCUGAGCAGAAAUUCCGUAAACUCAAUCCAAACGGGGAGGCCAAAGGUAGUGCUUCCCAAGGCACAACACCAGAUGGUUCAGAUCUCGGCAUUCCUCACUCUGUCUCCUGGGCCCCUUCGCCUGAUAUCAGCCCUGCACAUCAGCCAUCCAAGGACCCAGCCCAGACCAUGGCUGCAGAAAUGGUACAACUGCGCAUGAGACUUGAGGAGAAGCGUCGGGCCAUUGAAGCCCAGAAGAAGAAAGUGGAGGCGGCCUUUACCCGACACCGUCAAAAGAUGGGACGCAGUGCUUUCCUCACAGUUGUCAAGAGGAAAGGAGUAGAUGGCACCUCACCAUCUCAGGAGAACACUCCCAGCUCAGAGGGAAGUAAGACGCCAACGGAGACACCCCAACCUGACAAGUCUCCGCUGAAGUCUGCGGGUGAGGAUGGCACCUGCGAGGCGGACCUGAUGGAAUAUACACGCUCCAUUGAGAAGCUCAAUUCGUCCCUGAGCUUCUUGCAGACUGAGAUGCAGCGACUGGCCCAGCAGCAGGAGGUAAUUAUGCAGAUGCGAGAGCAACAGGCAUGGGUUGUGUUACCACCUCAACUUUCGCCACAAAAGCAGGUACGGGAGCUCAGAGGGAGUGGGGCGCGCUCUUCUGGAUCUCCCUCACCUGCAGAUUCCCCUAGAGCUACACACCGUUCCCCUACAAACCUUAAGAGGAAGUCCGCUUCUUUCCAUUCCAAGACGCCAAGGACACCCAGACCCAAUGAGCUAAAGAUCACUCCCUUCAACCGAGUCUUAAACGUUCCACAGUCAGUGGACAGCAUCCCACGCCUCAGAAGGUUCUCCCCUUCUCAGUCCGUGUCCUGCUCGUUUACUUAUUUGGGAAGUGAGAAGAAACCACCACCAGGAGCUGAAACCACAGACAAGGACAUUGAACAAGGCAUUGAGUCAUUGUCUAUUGAAUGUUCUUAUGGUACUAACACCUCCCCAACCAAAGAAACCCAACAGGCAGUAACCGAAGACACUGGGGAGAGCAAAAAUGAGAACAAACCAACGGAAGAAAGGGAGAAUCUGAAGAAGUCAACAGAUGAGUUGAAACCAGCAAUGGAAUCUAGUGUGUCAGAAGUCUUGUCGCAGAUUGUUAUGGAGACCGUUAUUGUCACUCCCACUGAGCCAUUUGACAUUGCCCAUCAGACCAACAAAAAUUUGAUUGAGGUUCCACUGUCUGUUCUCAAGCCCCUGGAUGGACAGGCAUUAGAAGAGGAAGGUGAAAAUGACACUUCAGGGGAGAAUCAGGACGAUGAGCAGAAAAUGUGCCGUGGAUUCUUCUUUAAGGAUGACAUGAAAGGAGAGGACAGCAUGGCCGUGAAACGAGCCGCACUUCUGGAGAAAAGGCUGAGAAGAGAACGGGAGAGCCAGCAGAGGAAACAACAGCUGGAGUUAGAGCUUGAGCAAAAGAAAGAGGAGGCCAGGCUGAAAGCAGAGGAAGACCGCACGAAGAAGGAAGAAGAUAAAGCCCGGCGGGAAUUUAUCAAGCAGGAGUACCUGAGGAGAAAACAGCUUAAGCUUAUGGAGGACAUGGACACGCUUGUCAAACCACGGCCCGCGGGGGCCAAGCAGAGGAAACCAAGGCCCAAGUCCAUCCACAGAGAUGUGAUGGAGUCCCCCAGGACUCCUGUCAGGGCCACGGCAGGUUCACGACCUCGUGUUUUUUCAGUGUCCAGCCUGUCUCUGGCAUCUCUUGGAGAUAAUGACAGUGUCAGCUCGGAUAAGAAAACACCCAGUAGGCCUGAUUCAGCAGACGGUUGCCUGUCACCCACUCGCUCCAGCAGUCGUAACGGAGAGAAAGACUGGGAGAAUGGUUCCACCACAUCCUCACUGACAUCCAACACGGAAUAUACAGGUCCUAAAUUAUAUAAAGAGCCCAGCGCAAAGUCAAAUAAGCAUAUCAUUCAGAAUGCUUUGGCACAUUGCUGUUUGGCUGGCAAAGUCAAUGAGGGACAGAAAAACAAGAUUUUAGAGGAAAUGGAGAAAUCCGGGGCCAACAACUUCCUGGUCCUGUUCCGGGAUUCUGGCUGCCAGUUUCGCUCUCUCUACACGUACUGCCCCGAGAUGGAGGAAAUCAACAAGUUGGCCGGCAUCGGUCCUAAAACCAUCUCACGCAAGAUGAUCGACGGCCUCUACAAGUACAACUCGGACAGGAAGCAGUUCAGCCAAAUUCCAGCCAAGACCAUGUCUGCGAGUGUCGACGCCAUCACGAUCCACAGCCACCUGUGGCAGACCAAAAAACCAGGAACACCGAAGAAAGUAGCGGCCGUAAAGUCCUAGUGUCUCUCCACGUCGGAUGUACACAAUCUCAAUGCACUUGUUUGUACAUAUUAGAGUCCUACAACACUUUUUACACUCUUCCGUCAGUUCGGACACACAAGUUUGCGAAAAUUAUGCACAACUGGAAUGUAAAACUCUACGGGGUGGCAAAUGGAUCAAACUCAUGUAAGACUUUCUGAUUCACGCUGUUUUACUGCACCGUGUACGUGUCGUUUUUAUUUAAAUGUGCCAAAAUAAUGAAAAGUUGUCAAGGAUGACCCGUUAUUUUAAUUUGGUACACUAAAGCACUGAAUGUCCUCAGUUUGUAUAGAAAUCUCGCACAUAUGUUGACGUGUGGCCUUUUUUGUCUAUAUUUUAAUUUGAUUUAUUUUUUACGACUGUCCUGAUAUGAUUGUACGGCUGCUUAUGGAUAGGUUCUCACAUGCGUAGCUUGUGAUUUAUUACAGUUUAGUAUUGCAAGGGAAUCCUGUCAUAUCUAGUAUUCAUUAACCAGUGUGCUAAUGUGCAGUGAGUGGUAUUGUUUGCAGGCCGAACCCACUUUUGAUGGGUUUUUCAACAUUAUAUGAUGGCAUUGAUUCACAGCAGGAUUGUGAAUUCAUUUAAUUUUAUUCCUGUUUGGUGUAUUUGCUUUUUUUUAUAUGUAUAUAUAUUUUGGGGGGACCGACUGAAGGAAAUGUUCAGCGUAAUGCUCAAUUUAAUCAAUAUUUAUAUUUCGGUCUUAAAUAAGACUAGGGGUUAAAAUGGAAACCUUUUUUAUUGUUGGUGCGAUUAAAAAAUCAGGCGGAUUAUGGUGGACUGAAUUGUUUCGACUAUAUUUCCAUUGAUUAAGAUAUGCUGGAGUAAUAACCAUUUUCAAAAUACUUUUGUACUGUUAUGUAUGCUUGUGGCAACUGAUCUUAAGUAUUUCCCUGUCCUGGGUCACGCAGAACUAUUAAAAGCAGUUUACCAAAUGAUAUUUUACCGAAUUGUUGGAGACAUUUCUAUGUUUUGUGACUGAGGGCUAAAUCAUUUGAAUGGGAAAUUAUUAAUUUUUUGACUUUAAGAGGUCAAAACAUGCCACAUUUUGUGCGCCUGGAGUCUGUGUGGCAUUUUAAAAUGUUAUGAAUCUUAGUCUGUAAGGUGCGAUCAUAUUAGCGAAAUUGCGUUAAAAAUUUGGUAAUUCUGUUAAAUUUCUCCGGCAAAAAAUGUCCAUUGUCAAUAGUGUUGUAAUGCAUGAAGCACAGCUCACAAAGGUGUCGCUUUCAAACCAAGCAACUUUCUGUUGGUCAAAGCGGCGAAUUUGCGCGAGCAUCUCUGCAUGGGGGGCAUCUUUGCGAAAUUACCAAUCGCGCAAAUUUAUACACAAUGACACCAUUUCAACAGAGAAAAAUGGUUGCGAAAUGUGACCGCAUCUUCAAUCGUCUUACUGCAAAAUGUGUCUGUUUACGGGUAGAGGCUUCUGUUGCCUGACUGAAAAACAACAGCCUUCCUAUUGUUUGAGUAGGAGUUGUAAAAAUUGUCAUUAUUUUUGGUGCUUGACUCUUAAAACAUAAACAUGCACACUUGUUCUCACAAACAUCUACUGAGUAGUUCGAAUGACGUCUGUGUUUGUAAUGGAAAUAAUGCGCACAGCCUUGAAUUCAACGUAGCCUGUUAGGACGCCAUCUUUAGUCCUUUAGGAAGCUACUACUGGAAAUGGAGUUAUUAUUUGGCCAUUUCGGACCACUGUAAAUGAGCACGAUAGAAAACUGUACAGUGUGUGUUCUCUGAUCUCUCCGGCACGUCUCUCUCUUUUAUUUUCUUUCAGGCGCUGUGCUGUCAUAUUGUUCAAAUAACAUUCUUUGCAUUCAAUAAAUUUCGCAUGGCCUCA